AUUUGCCAUACAUUGCUGAGUCUUCCCUACUUUCAUUUUACAGUUCUCCCUACAUUUGAUUUUACGGUUCUCACAUCUCUUUGCUUUGUCUCUGAUGCGGUGUGGCUUUUGGUACCGUUAGGAUAAACGUUCUUCCCUCAAAAAAACACUCCAUCGAACUCUUCAGUUUUCUCACGCUCCACCAGUCCACAUUGCUCAGACUCCGCCCUUAUUUUUCCUCUGAUUUUCGACGUCGAUGCGAUCUGUCAUUACUUUCUACGCUUCACUUUGAUAUCUUUUGUACAGAAGAUGUUGAUUUGUUAGGGUUUGAUCUGUUUGGGAAGUGGACGGUGCCAGUGAAAUUUUGUUGAUCUGUUGAAAACUUAAGAGCCAAGUUUGGGUUGAGGCGUUGUAAUCAAGCAUGGAAAAUGAGUCGGGUCGAUCUGAGGAGAUUCAUGCCAUUGGCGAAAAUGGUGAUCAAGUGUGGCAAUGGCAAGGACAGGAUUAUUGUCUCCAAAAAGAUUCAAACUUUGCAGACAUAUCCCAAUGCUUGUGGGAUGGAGUAACCCAGAAUGAAGAAGAUCUUUCCUACAUGUUCGAUGAAACAACCCCGGUUAAGGCUUGUGGGGAUUUGGCUUACCAUGUUACUGAUGGUGGAAAUAUGAACAAGGAAACAGAGUGCAAAGAAACUUGUUCACAAGUAAAGAGGCGCCGAAUGCUACAGUUCAACCCUCAAGUUAUGCAUCCACCGUCUUGCAGUGAAGAAAUGUCAUCCACAUUUCUGAAAUCAAAUGAGAGGGAGAGUUUUGUUGAAGAGACUCAACCUGAUGCAUCUCAGUGGGUUUCGGGGUUUCCGGAGAAUAUGUCUGUCUCUGGUUAUGAGGGUCUGGACAAGUCAUCUGAGGGGUGGUUUGCCGAAUGCUUCAAUGAUGCUGAGAUGCAUUUUAGCCCUGAUGACAUGAAUCUCUCUGAGAUAUCUGAUGUUCAAAUUGAUGUUACAGAGUUCUAUAACAUCCCAACCGAAUAUGAAGCUAAUACGGUGCAAGAACGUGCUACUCGAACUCCUCAGAAUGUUAUUUUCAAAGGUAGGAAGUCUUACAUGCGCACUCCCACAAAGUUAGCUUCUUCUGUCGCCUAUCCAUUUGCCUUCAUUAAGCCCUGUGGGGUUCAUGGAGAUGUUACCCUGAAAGACAUAAACCAGCGGAUCCGCACUCCACCACCAUCAAAAUCAAGGCAAAGUAAUGAAGAUCCAUCUGUUUCUUACCCUACCUCGGCUUUUUCUGGGAAGCCUGUUGUUGGUAAAACUAAAAUCCGCACUGAAGGAGGGAAAGGCAGUAUCACGAUCAUGAGAACCAAAGGCUGAGUAGAUAAGUCUUCUACACUCUUGUUGCGACCCUCUCAUCUCACUCCAUUAUUUUCUGGGGUUGAGUUUUUGUCUGUAUUAUUCUGGGUCAACCUGGUACAGGGAGUCAAUAUUGCAUUUUUCAGUCGCAGUUCUCAGAAUUUGUUAGACAAGUUAAUGUUUCUGUUUUCAACUAGUAUUCUAGGCAACAAAUAGCUGUUGUUUUAUACAUGGUGAUUUGAUUCAUGACUCUGACAAGGAUCUUAGUGUCUUAGCAGAUCCUCCUACCCUUCUUUUGGCUUCAGAAACCGUUGUGAAUGCUUCACCUAAUUCCUUUCAAUGUUCAAAAGCCUGUGUUCACUUAGCCUCUUGUGGCUUUACAUAUUUUCUAGUAUUCCUCUCA